AUAAGCAAUGCUUGGAAAUUCCCAGGGCCCAACAGCUGGAGCCGUUUCCACAGUUGAUCUCAUGAGAGUCCAGACUCUGUUCUCCAACUGUGUUGCAUUUCCUGGAUGGGCGCCUGGGAAGGGUUCUGUGCCGUAAUCUUACCUUUGCAGAACAGGAGCAAAUGUUUAGCACAAUAGGAGGCUGCAAGAGCCGCUCUCCUUCCAGUGCUAGUGUUUUACCUUCCUUUGCUUGUUUCUAGGCUGACCUUUGCAUUAUGCCUGGCUCAACUCUGGUGAGCCCAGCUUAAAACCAAGCUCUUAGCUUAAAACCAAGCUCUUAGUUCAUGACAGUGGAUUUCUCUAGAAACCUCUGAAUUACUAAAUUGCAUCUAGAAAGGAAAGACAGCUUCCUCCUUAAAAAGAAGUGAGCUUUUUUAUUUUCAUUUUCAAUUUUUUUGCUGGCAUUCAGUGGAUUGGUGGCGGCACUCUUCUGUGUGAAGAGAUGUGUGGGACGCUCUCAUGGAAAAAAGAGCUGUAAUUUUAGAUGUUUGGAUUCUUGUUCCAAGGGGAGAAAAAAAGCCUGAAGAUGUACUUAUGUGGCAAAUUUAAAAAGUGGUGUGCAACUGAGAAAGGCAGCCUCAAACCACCAAAAACGCAAGUCCAGCAGAACGCGGAAUUGCAACAGCAAAGCCCAGGCAGCUGCGAAUGAGGGUUGCUAGCAACUGCCCGGAGCGCUCAGGCUUAAUCUUUGGCAUUUAAAAAAUAUGCAUAACUUCCAUAAGCCAUGGAAAAAAGAUCCCAUGUUUUUAAGUGCUGUUUCUUAUUCUCAGUUGCUUUGCAGCACAGGGAAAAAAUGUGGAACCGUCUCUAGCGCGAGUGGAUCCGCGUGCCAGAUCUCAUUGCUGGCCUGCAUUUUCCAGCACCCCGUAUCCUGCUGGAUGAAAACCAGCUGUCUUGGGGCAGGGAGGAAUCGGUCCCACACUUCCUGCCCCGUGAUGACGAGCGCAAUUGGUAGCUCUCUCACUUGCUUCAGCUAUCCUAGUUUAUGACGAUUAAAAAUACGUGCAGGGAUUUCACACUCUGUAAAGUGGCAGGAGAAAACCUCAAAUGGAGAAGCCCCCCCACCCCAUGUUUCCACUGAACCAAAUGGAUGGUUGUUAAGAAGCUCAUUAUGCAGGGACCGGAUGGGGGAAGGAGAGCCAGUAAGACCUGUGCUGGGAUGGGGAGCUGGGUAAUUUUGGGGGGGGGGUGGCCCCAGAAAACUGGUGGAGAAACACUCUGUUCUCUGUGCCUGCGUGGAAGACUGGGAGGAACGGGGGCAGCCAUGUGCCUGGCCAGGUGUAGGAUCACCUGUCGGGGAAAUGCGGCAAGUUAUCACCCUUCGUGGCAGCCCUCAUCCCUGUUUGUUGUGAAAGCCCAACGCAGACAGUGGGUUGUCCUCUCGGGAUAUUUAUUCACAUACUUCUUUAAAACAUUUGUAUGCCAGCCUAUUGAGCAUCUCUGGGCGGCUCACAACACAAUAUAAAAACACAACAAAGCAUAAUAAAAACUAUAACAGUUUACAUUAAAAACAAUAAAAUACAGUAAAACAUACAAAACAAAGGUCUAUGGCCAUUAGUUAUUAAAAUGUUUUUUAAAAAGGAAGGGGAAAAGGGAUGCUGCUGUCGUUUGCAUAGUCCCUCCGAAUCGGGACAGCAAACCGUGGCUUGAUCUUGCAGUUGCUUCGCUUGUUAACCUGUGCAAAGAACUUAGCAAGUUCACGUUUGCAUCAGAUAACGGAGAUACAUGCCAUGUAUGGAUGAAUCAGAGAGUAGAUUUCGUAAUAUUGCAGCACUGGCCAAACGGGCUCGUUUUAUUGCGUUAUAAGAAGGAAAAUGAGAUUGUUCUUGUUUUGCUUUUCACUAUCUGUGAACUCACGUAUUGAUAAAUAUGGAGUAUGUGUUUGAUGUGAUCUCACGUAAAUGUUGAAAAACAACAUUUAAAUCAAACAUGGUUUUAAAAAGAGACUGCUGCUUGGACCAGAGUGUUGUGAACAGGUCAGUUGCAGUGCAAUGCACCUGUCUUCUCUUUUGCUUCCUGAGAGGACAGUCCUCUAUUUGAUAGGCUGCUGCAAGGCCACCCUACCUGAAGCACCAUCCUGUACUUAAACCAAGAUGAGAGCAGUCACCCAGCAAAGCACGUGGCUCACCUUGUCACAGUCUCCACAUGCCAAAGCAACGGACUGGCUGUCUGCUCAGUCCUUCAAUCUCAAGGAUUCUUUCUAAAUUUGCAUCCGUACCUGAGCGCUGGCAUGCGUCUGUUCUGUGCAAAUCAGCUCCUCUGGGGCUGCACAUUUCUUUUUUGCUGGCGAUUCGUAAGUGGCCACCUCAGAAAUGGUAUGAACAUUCAAAAAGUACUAUAAAAAAUAGCAGGUGUUGUCAUGUUUGACCAACAGCUCCAGCAUCAAUCUUGCUGGAACCCCCCUCUUCUUCCAAGGUGGCAGCUGACCAGAUGACAUGGCUGAGCAUCCAGGGAAUCUGUCUCAGAACUGUGCUGAAGUGUGGCUGUGAUUCGUUGCUUGGGUUGCUUCGGUCGCAUCACAUUACAAGUCCGGCGCAGUCAUUGCAGAAUGCCGGGAACCAGUCCCAAGGGUCUACCUGGAACGUAAAUUUCUGGCACGCGCCUUUCAAGCCAAUGCACCAAAUUGUGACGCUUCCCCUCCCAACCCCCAACAAAUGUGAAAGGCAUUUUCAGCAGCCCAUCAGUGGCAGACUUGAUGAGCUAUGCAGCUGUUCAGAUGAACCAAAUCUAAUAAAGCAUCAACAACAGAAAAGUUCCUAUAAUUAAACCCAUAUUCCCUGGAAUUGUUAUUUUUUCCAGAUCAGGAAGUGUCCUGCACCACUGGAGUGAAAUCUAUUACUUUGUGGAACAUCUGGCCCACAAAUUUAUAAGCCCCCAGCUGAGGAUGUCCUUCAUUGUUUUCUCGACGAGAGGCUCCACCCUUAUGCCGCUCACGGAGGACAGAGAACUGAUACGCCAAGGUUUGGAGGAGCUCCAGAAAGUCCUGCCAGGAGGAGAUACUUACAUGCAUGAAGGAUUUGAAAGGGCAAGUGAGCAAAUUCACCGGGAAAAUGUUCAAGGUUACAGGACUGCGAGUGUCAUCAUUGCGCUGACGGAUGGGGAACUUCACGAGGACCUUUUCUUCUAUGCGGAACGAGAGGCCAACCGAUCACGAGAUCUGGGAGCGACUGUGUACUGUGUUGGUGUGAAAGAUUUCAACGAAACGCAGCUGGCUCGAAUCGCGGACAGCAAGGACCACGUGUUCCCUGUGAAUGAUGGCUUUGAAGCUCUCCAGGGGAUCAUCGACUCCAUCUUAAAGAAGUCGUGCAUCGAAAUCCUGGCUGCGGAACCUUCUAGUAUCUGUGCAGGAGAGUCUUUCCAGGUCGUUGUGACGGGAAAUGGCUUUCGACACGCCCGCAACGUCGACCGGGUCCUGUGCAGCUUCAGGAUCAAUGAGACCCUCACACUCAAUGAGAAACCUUUCGUGGUUGAAGACACCUACCUGCUCUGCCCGGCACCUGUGCUGCAAGAAGCUGGCAUGGAAGCCGCCCUCCAGGUCAGCAUGAACGACGGCCUGAGCUUCAUCUCCAGCUCCGUCAUCAUCUCCAGCACCCACUGUUCUGAUGGGACCAUUCUGGCCAUCGCCCUGCUGAUCCUCUUCCUCCUGCUGGCGUUGGCGCUCUUGUGGUGGUUCUGGCCGCUCUGCUGUACCGUGAUUAUUAAGGAGCUGCCUCCACCCCCUGCGGAAGACAGCGAGGUUAGUAUCUUGGGCUUUUGCAUCGCUGCUGUUUGUUUAUGAUUUAUUUUACUCCUUUAAAGCAUCCUUACUCUGCCAGAAAAAACACUCAAGCCAAGUGGCUUAAAGACAAUUCAGAAAAAGCAAGUCAAUCCCUGCCUGGAAUUUUGCAGUCUAACAUUCUGAAAUUAGUCUUUUUUGUUGGGCUUGCUGAAGCAGGCUCUUGGGUGGGUCUGAAAGGGCAGGCCUUCCCUGUGGAAGGUCCUGGAUUUCAUCCGCUGUCCACCGACUGCUGAGGCUGCAAAGAGCUUUAUUUUUCAUUUUGCUUUCACUUGACAGCUGUCUAAAAGUAAGCUGUCAAAAGAAACCAAAGUGAUCUUUGCUUGUGAAAAGGAGUGGCCCCAACAGCAAUAUCUUCUAGUUUUGGAGGGGAGCUGACACUGGUGUCUGAACCCAAUUUCCCCAGCUGCUCAUUGGCCCUGUUUGCUCCGAACAGCAGCUGUGGGAGGUUUUGGGCAGGACGCCAGCACAGCCCUCCCAUUUGCAAGUACAGGACCAGGUGGAGGCGGUGUCGCUCCUUUUUCUUCAAAUGAAAGGGUGGCUUUCCCAAAAUGUGAUUAAUGGAAUGUUCCUCGGCCCUACCUUUUUAUUUAUAGUAUGUUAAUGCAAAGGUGAACAUCAUCCAGCUCACCAUCCACGCAUUUUUCUGUGCUUCUGUUCAGUGCAAAGACCGUUUAGUCAAAGUGCUCCAUCACCACGUGUUAGUUUUGC